AUGUUGAACAAGACUGUCCUUGCCACCUUUUUGCUCUUUGCCCUUCUCUUCAAUGCUGCUACCGCCUUCAAGUGUGUUCGUGACGACCAAUGUGACGAAUGGUGCAAGAACUAUGGUGAUGCCGCCGCUGGUUACUGUCUUAAGAGUGGAGGAUGCAUUUGCGCUAAGGACGAAAAGGAUAGCUGUAUCAUUGUAUUCUUGGUUGCUGGAGAACAGUUGCUGCAUGAUUUGCCUUGA